CUGAUGUGUUUAAUUUUUGUUUUAGGCUGUCCACAAUAAGCUGAUGGAAGAUUAUGGGAUACCGACUUGGGGCUCAUACUUGAUAUUUGCAGUUGUUACCAUUAUAAUUGGGGCUCUGCUUGGUUUUGUGUUGGUGUGUAUGAUAGAUUUAAUUUACCCACCAAAACCUAUGCAAGUUCAAACCACAACUGAAGCGAACCUUGAAAAGGAGAAGGGAGAACAGGAGAGCAGUAGCAAGCAGUUUAGUGGCGAUGAUCUGGAUGAUGAUGUAAUCAGAGAUGAUAUGAUAGAUGAAGGAGGAUCAGACAUUGCUGCCUCUCAGAGUGGUUCAGACACAGAGGCAAAGGGAGACGAAGAAAAUUCCAAUGUUCGGAAACGUAAACCCAGGAAAGACGAUUAAUAUCAGGCCUGGUACUUACAGUAUCUAGCAAGGGUCUGUGCCAGUAGUCAGUACUACAUGAGGGGAGGUUAAUGGUGGAGUGCCGCUAGUAUUGGGUGAGGUUGGAAAGAUGUUACCACUUUGAGCUCAGGGUGUACAUAAUGUUGUGGGGAUGGCUGCACACCCAUUAACUUCACCACAUAGUAUUUAUUAUAGCAGUGCCUGAUAGGCAUUGCUUGUGAAGCACUAAAAUAUCUUGUAGGCCAGGAGAUACAAUGUAUGUUCUGUUCCAUCUGAAUUGUGCUUGGACAGACCAGUGAUGCAGGUUUCUGUUUUUUUUUGGUAUUGUUUACAAAAUUAUUUCGCUUCUCUUUGGCUAAGCAAUUGAAUUGGUAAUGAAACCUGUCUUAUUGGUCAGUCCAACAGCCAUGUCCACCCCAAAUUGUAAAUAUGUAGCAGGUAUUAUAUUCCAUGGGAGGCACCAAGGGGUGAAGUAAUUUGAUAUGCUGUAUGUAUAAAUAUAUAGCAAUAAGUAUGUAUUACUACUGUUACUACUACAAUAUGAUCGAGUGCCUAUUAUAUUCCCUAUACACAGUCCAGCUUUAGCCCUCACCUAAAAACUGUGAUAAAACUUUGAUCCUGAAAACAUUCCACAUUGUUGUAAGGGUCGGACUAAGAUAAAGGUAUUUGCUCUUGCUAACCUCAGUUUGUGUCAUGGUUAAUAUAAUAACUUGCAUACAAAUCACUCGUAGCAUUUACUAACUUCAUUACAAUAGACGUAUUAAAUCUUGUAACUGCUAAACCAACAUUUGGAACAUCUUCCAAAUAAAGAAAUAUGCUUUUGUUUUUGUGAUAAUAUCUGUCUAUUGUCAAUAAAUAUAUGGAGGAUA